AUGGCCAACCACGUCGUCUUCGACGUCGUAGGAACCUGCGUCUCCUUCACCGCCUUCUACCGCACCAUCGAAAACACCCUAGGCCCUCAACUCCGCGCCCACAACCUCACCGCCCAAACCCUCGGUUUCACAUGGAUGACCAACGCCGAACUCCAAUUCACCUUCCUAUCCAUAUCCGAAAGCUACAAACCAUAUAAACUCGUGCUCACGGAACUAUUCUACCAAACUCUCCACAUGAUCGGCAUUUCCGAUCCCCAUUCUUUCGCCACGUCUGAACAACGGGAUCUUUGC